AUGACAUACAAAGUCGUUGAUUUUGUGCAGAGCAAGACACUAAUCGCGUCACUAGCUCUGAUCACCCAUUAUGUUCUUCACCGUGGCGAGUGGGAUAACGCCUUCCACAUAGUCAUCGGCAUCUGGGCGACAGCCUUCGGAUGUAUCACGACUUUCGAAUAUAUUUUCGAUACACAUGCCAAGAAUCUGAGCAUUGCGAUCCAGCUCGCAGCAAGGACAGUUUCACUUUAUUUCAUUGUCUUGGUGGUUAGCAUAUUGCUACACAGAGGACUGUAUCAUCGCUUACGAAAGGCAAGCAUUCCUGGGCCUUUCUUUGCAAAAUUCUCCAAGUCAUAUGGUGUUUUCGCUGGUGUUCUUUUUACAAACUUCCAAUAUUUCAAAUGGCUGGACUCUUUACACAAACAGUAUGGAGUGGACGUCAUUCGAACUGGUCCUCGAGCCGGCGAAGUUGCAGGCCGAGCUCUUCACUUCACAACGAACAAGAACGAACACCGACAGAGGCGCAAGGUCUGGGACCGUGCAUUCAAUGCGAAAGCCCUCCGCGAGUAUGAGCCUCGUUUGAAUCGACAUGCACUUGCUCUCAUAACGAAACUCAAAGAGCAAGCCACAUGGCCGUCAGUACGAAUCACAAACUGGGUAAAUUUCUACAGCUUUGACGUAAUGGGAGAUAUCGGCUUUAACCGCAGCUUUGGUAUGGUAGAAUCGGGUGAAGAAGCUAAUGUCAUCAAGCUGCUGCACGAUAGUCAGGCACCCUUGAGUGUCCUUGUACACACUAGUUGGGCUAUGCGCCUCAUCGCGCGAACACCGAUUGGGUCACAACCUCUCUUCGAACACAUAGAUUGGAGUGCUAAGGUUCUCGAAGAGCGAAAGAAGAUCACUCCCGAAGAGAAAGAUGUCUUCUCCUGUUUACUGGAUCCGAACAACGACCAGAUAACGCCUGAAAUGAACGCUGAUUCACGGCUUCUAAUCAUAGCUGGCAGUGACACUGUCUCUGCUACACUUUCUUAUCUCUUGUACGAAUUGUGCAAGAACCUCAAAAUCCAAGCCAAACUUCGCACUGUUAUUGAUACGAUCGAACCGCAGAAAGCGCACCUCGACGUCGAAGAUGUGACCGAAUGUGCAUUCUUAGAUGGGGUCAUCAAUGAGACGUUGCGCCUACACCCUGCUACACCUUCCGGCCCUCAGCGUGAGACGCCGCCCGAAGGCCUCACUCUACCCGACGGCACGUAUAUACCUGGCGAGGUCAACGUCUGGAUUCCUAUCUAUAGUUUGCAACGCGAUUCACGCUACUGGGAGGAGCCUCUUUCCUUCAUGCCUGAGCGAUGGACCGACGAGAGGCCUAGUGCCAAUAUUGAAAAGCGCGCUUUCCUGCCCUUCCUUACUGGACCUUACAACUGCAUUGGCCAGAAGUUGGCAAUGAUGGAGCUGCGUAGUGUUACGGCCAAUUUGACUCGAUCAUUCGAGAUCACCUUUGCAGAGGGUGAAAACGGAAGCACGAUCGAGAACAACAGCCAAGAUUGUUUUACGAUGAAUGUAGGGAAGUUGGACGUCAGACUCACGCCACGCUAUAAAUAUUAG